CAUCGUAUUGGAUAAGAAAGGGAGGCAAUAAUGCACCAUGGCAGCGGCCCUCAGAAUGUCCAGCAUCAGCUGCAAAGGUCCAGGUCCUUCACUGGCAGUGAGGGAGAAGAGCAGCCAGCCCACCCAAAUCUACCCUCAUCCCCUGCUACUCCCUUUGCCCCCUCAGCAAGCCCAUCUGCACCCCAGUCCCCUGGUUACCAAAUACAGCAACUGAUGAAUAGAAGUCCCGUGGCCGGGCAGAAUGUGAACAUCACCCUACAGAGCGUUGGCCCCGUCGUUGGAGGAAACCAGCAGAUCACUUUGGCCCCUCUGCCACUUCCCAACCCAACCUCCCCAGGGUUCCAGUUCGGUCCUCAGCCGAGGCGGUUUGAACAUGGGUCUCCGUCGUACAUUCAGGUUACUUCACCCCUGUCCCAGCAGGUCCAAACGCAGAGCCCCACGCAGCCCAGCCCUGGGCCGGGGCAGGCCCUGCCGAGUGUUCGCGCAGGUGCCCCUGGCCCUGGGCUGGGCAUCUGUAGCAGUAGUCCCACUGGAGGGUUCGUGGAUGCCAGUGUACUCGUGAGACAGAUCAGCUUGAGCCCAUCCAGUGGUGGACACUUUGUGUUUCAGGAGGGCUCAGGACUUACCCAGAUCACCCAGGGAGCCCAGGUGCAGCUCCAGCACACAGGAGCCCCCAUCACAGUACGAGAGCGGAGACUCUCCCAGCCUCACGCACAGCCAGGAGGCACUGUUCACCACCUGGGACCCCAGAGCCCUGUGGCUGCUGGCGGAGCCGGCCUGCAGCCCCUGGCCAGCUCAAGCCACAUUGCCACAGCCAGCUUGCCACCCCAGAUCAGCAGCAUCAUCCAGGGCCAGUUGAUCCAACAGCAGCAAGUGCUGCAGGGGCAGCCUCUGGCCAGACCACUGGGGUUUGAGAGGCCCCCUGGUGUGCUACUCCCUGGGGUUGGGGGCACAUCAGCAUUUGGGAUGACAUCCCCGCCCCCACCCACUAGUCCUUCCAGGACGUCCAUGCCCCCAGGCCUUUCCAGCCUUCCUCUAACAUCCGUGGGGAGUGCAGGAGUAAAGAAGGCUCCCAAGAAGUUAGAAGAAAUCCCACCGGCUUCUCAGGAGCUGGCGCAGAUGAGGAAACAGUGUCUGGAUUAUCACUACAGAGAGAUGGAGGCGCUGAAGGAGGUCUUCAAGGAGUAUUUGAUUGAACUGUUUUUCUUGCAACAUUUCCAAGGGAAUAUGAUGGAUUUCUUAGCUUUCAAGAAGAAACAUUAUGCCCCAUUACAAGCAUAUCUUAGACAGAAUGAUUUGGACCUCGAAGAAGAAGAGGAGGAGGAGGAGGAGGAGGAAGAAGAAGAAAAGUCUGAGGUCAUCAAUGAUGAGGUAAAGGUUGUGACAGGAAAGGAUGGGCAGACUGGGACCCCCGUUGCUAUAGCAACCCAGCUUCCGCCAAAGGUUUCUGCUGCUUUUUCAUCCCAGCAGCAACCGCUUCAGCAAGCCCUUGCAGGGAGCUUGGUGGCAGGAGCUGGAAACACAGUAGAGGCAGACCUGUUUAAGAGGCAGCAGGCAAUGCCACCCACAGAGCAGUCUAAGAGACCUCGCCUUGAAGUGGGUCCUCAAGGGGUAGCUUUCCCGCACCCGGGGGUGAGCGCAGGAGUCCCUCUGCAGCAGCUGAUGCCAACAGCACAAGGAGGUAUGCCCCCCACCCCUCAGGCCGCUCAGCUUACUGGACAGAAACAGAGUCAGCAGCAGUACGACCCCUCUACAGGGCCUCCUGUGCAGAACGCUGCCAGCCUGCACACCCCGCCGCCACAGCUGCCUGGGAGGCUGCCCCCAGCCAGCGUUCCUGCCCUUCCCUCCACGCUGCAGUUGGCUCAGCAGCCACAGGCGGUGGAGGCUCAGACACAGCUCCACAUUCCGGUGAAGACUCAGCAGCCAAGCACUCCUGCACCUGCACCCUUGCCCAGCCAGCCCCCUGCUCCUGCUCAGCCCACACAGCUGGCACUGCACGUCCCUACACCUGGGAAGGCACAGGUGCAGGCCUCUCAGCUUUCGUCCCUGCCGCAGACGGCGAUGUCGACACGGCCACCUGCAGACCCUGCCCCGUCCUGCCCACGGUCUCUGCCCACCUCUUCUACCUCAGCUCUGGCACCUGCAAGUGGCUUGGGCCCAGGACCCUCACCUGCCCGGUCCUCUCCUGUGAGCAGACCCUCCUCAGCAGCCAACAAGGCAGUGUCUCCGGUCUCCUCUCGAGCUCCAGGGACUGUGGCGUCAGUCCCCCCAAAACCACAGAGCCCUGCUCAGAAUGCUGUCUCUUCUCAGGACAGUUCCCAGGAGAAGCUGGCAGAGCAGAUAGCACUGGAGAACCAGGUCCAUCAGCGCAUAGCAGACUUAAGGAAGGAGGGUCUGUGGUCUCUACGGCGGCUGCCAAAGCUUCAGGAGGCCCUACGCCCUAAAUCCCACUGGGACUACCUGCUGGAAGAGGUGCAAUGGAUGGCCACAGACUUUGCCCAGGAGCGCAGGUGGAAGGUGGCUGCUGCAAAGAAGCUUGUUAGAACUGUAGCACGCCAUCAUGAAGAAAAGAAGCUUCGUGAGGAAAGAGGAAAGAAAGAAGAACAGAACAGAUUAAGGCGUAUCGCUGCCUCAACUGCGCGAGAGAUAGAAUACUUUUGGUCAAAUAUUGAACAGGUUGUGGAAAUAAAACUACAAGUAGAAUUAGAAGAAAAAAGAAAAAAAGCCUUAAAUUUACAGAAAGUUUCCAGGAGAGGAAAAGAGUUGAAACCUAAGGGAUUUGAUACAUUACCAGAAAAUUUUCUGGAUUCAGGAAUGUCUGGAAGAAAAAGAAAAGCUAGCACAUCUUUAACUGAUGAUGAAGUGGAGGACGAAGAGGAGACGAUUGAAGAGGAAGAGGCCAAUGAAGGGGCUGUUGACCACCAAGCAGAGCUCUCCCAUUUAGCCAAAGAAGCUGAGCUGCCCUUGAUCGACCUGGUGAAGUUGUAUGAAGGUGCCUUUCUGCCGGGUUUCCAGUGGCCUCAACCUAAACCUGAUAGUGAAGAGACAAGUGAAGAAGAAGAUGGAGAAGAUACUCUAGGUGACAGGGAGAGUCGGAGGGAUUUGGUUCUCAUUGACUCACUUUUCAUCAUGGAUCAGUUUAAAGCCGCUGAGAGAAUGAAUAUCGGGAAACCAAACACCAAGGAUGUCGCAGAGGUCACCGCUGUGGCUGAAGCCAUCCUGCCCAAGGGCAGUGCUCGAGUCUCAACCUCGGUGAAGUUUAAUGCUCCAUCUCUGUUGUAUGGGGUCCUCAGAGACUAUCAGAAGAUUGGCCUGGAUUGGCUGGCCAAAUUGCACCGAAAGAAUCUUAAUGGCAUACUGGCUGAUGAAGCAGGGCUCGGUAAAACAGUACAGAUCAUUGCUUUUUUUGCCCACCUUGCUUGUAAUGAAGGUAAUUGGGGCCCUCACCUUGUUGUUGUGAGAAGUUGUAACAUACUCAAGUGGGAACUUGAAUUGAAACGUUGGUGUCCUGGGCUCAAAACCCUCUCAUAUGUCGGCAGCCACAGAGAACUUAAAGCAAAGAGACAGGAGUGGGCCACGCCCAACAGCUUCCACGUCUGCCUCACGUCCUACACACAGUUCUUCAGGGGCUAUACCGCCUUCUCGCGAGUACGCUGGAAGUGCCUUGUCAUCGAUGAGAUGCAGCGCGUGAAGGGCAUGACCGAGAGACACUGGGAAGCCGUCUUCACCCUGCAGAGCCAGCAGCGCCUGCUCCUGAUUGAUGCACCGCUGCACAACACCUUCCUGGAGCUCUGGACCGUUGUGCACUUCCUUAUCCCCGGGAUCUCCAGGCCCUACCUGAGCUCCCCACCACGUGCCCCAAGUCCGGAGUGCCAGGACUACUACCACAAAGUGGUCAUAAGGCUUCACAGGGUGACACAGCCAUUUAUUUUGAGGAGAACUAAAAGAGAUGUGGAAAAACAGCUGACAAAGAAAUAUGAGCAUGUUUUGAAAUGCCGCCUUUCUAAUCGACAAAAGGCUUUAUAUGAGGAUGUUAUUCUGCAACCUGGAACUCAGGAAGCUUUGAAGAGUGGGCACUUUGUCAAUGUCCUAAGCAUUCUAAUGAGGCUGCAGCGGAUCUGCAAUCACCCAGGGUUGGUGGAGCCACGGCUGCCAGAGUCCUCCUAUGUGGCAGCGCCUCUGGAGCAUCAGUCAGCCUCUCUGGUUCUAAGGGCUCUGGAGAGAGAGCUGUGGAAGGAAACGGAUCUUUCUAUGUUUGAUUUGAUUGGGUUAGAAAAUAAAAUCACUCGCCAUGAGGCAGAAUUGCUGUCUAAGAAAAAGGUCACGCGAAAACUCCUGGAGGAGAUUGCCACCUCACCACCCCCAUCAGCCCGGCUGGUGCCAGUGAAGCUGAAGGCCAGCAGGUUGUUUCAGCCUGUGCAGUAUGGCCAGAAGCCCGAGGGCCGCACCGUGGCUUUUCCCAGUACCCACCCGCCCCGGACUGCAGCCACCACCACGGCUACUGCUGCUUCACAGGGCCAGCCUCGAGGACGGCCACCUGUUGCCACAUUCUCUGCAAAUCCAGAGGCAAAAGUGGCAGCAGCCCCGUUUCAGACCUCUCAGGCUUCCACCAGUGCUCCAAGACACCAGCCCGCCGCGACCUUCGGCACAGCCGCUAGCCCAGCCCAUCCUGCGAAACCGCGGGCUCAGACCGCUGCACAGGCCUCGGCCCCAGGCCUGCCCCUGCCCCCGCCCCCGGCCCCCUCGCGUGCUGCCGGGCAGAGCCCCUCGCACACAGCCGGGCAGAGCCCGCUGCCUCAGAGGCUGGUGCUCACCUCGCAGGCCCAGGCCCGCUUGCCCAGUGGAGAGGUCGUAAAAAUAGCUCAGUUAGCAUCCAUCGCGGGCCCACAGAGCCGGGUGGCGCAGCCCGAGACACCAGUGACACUGCAGUUCCAGGGGAGCAAAUUCACACUGUCACACAGCCAGCUCCGGCAGCUCACGGCAGGCCAGCCGUUGCAGCUGCAAGGCAGUGUCCUCCAGAUCGUGUCUGCCCCUGGGCAGCCCUACCUACGAGCCCCCGGCCCUGUGGUGAUGCAGACCGUGUCGCAGGCAGGUGCUGUGCACAGCGCCCUGGGAAGCAAGCCCCCAGCUGGUGGCCCUGGCACCGCUCCCCCAGCCCCACAAGUUGGUGUUCCAGGCCGAGUGGCAGUUAAUGCCUUGGCUGUAGGGGAUCCUGGAAUGGCUUCCAAACCCGCCUCUCCCAUUGGGGGACCAACUCAGGAGGAAAAGACCAGGCUUUUGAAAGAGCGGCUGGAUCAGAUCUAUCUCAUCAAUGAGCGACGGUGUUUGCGAGCCCCAGUCUACGGGAGAGAUUUGUUAGGACUUUGCUUCCUGCCUGGCAGGGAAAAGAUACCCUGGCUUGGGUUUGUUGACAGCAGUCUGGACAAGGAGGCUGGGCUAGCCAGUUGCUGUGAGCCAACAUCUAGAGGGGAAAGUAAGCUAAUUCUGACGCUGGGUCAGUGUCGAGAGUCCCUCCAGGAUGUCGUCAGCAGGGUGGCUUGUGUGAUUCCUCCAGUGGUGGCAGCACCCCCAUCCCUGUGGGUUGCGAGGCCACCCCCACUGUACAGCCGCAGAAUGAGGGUCUUCAGGCAGUGUCUGGAAGAGCACGCUGCCCCCUGUGUACAGCAGCUGCGUCAGGUGACUGCUCUGCGCUCGCUACGCUUCCCUGAGCUGAGGCUGGUGCAGUUUGACUCAGGAAAAUUGGAAGCUCUAGCUAUCUUACUUCAGAAGUUGAAAUCUGAAGGACGUCGGGUGCUGAUUUUAUCACAGAUGGUUCUUAUGUUAGACAUUUUAGAGAUGUUCUUGAACUUCCAUUUUCUUACCUAUGUAAGAAUUGAUGAAAAUGCCAACAGUGAACAACGCCAGGAACUAAUGAGGAGCUUCAACAGGGACAGGCGGAUUUUCUGCGCCAUUCUUUCCACUCACAGCCGCGCUACAGGCAUAAGCCUGGUUGAGGCAGAUACUGUUGUGUUUUAUGACAAUGACCUGAACCCAGUGAUGGAUGCCAAAGCCCAGGAGUGGUGUGACCGCAUUGGGAGGUGCAAAGACAUCCACAUAUACAGGCUUGUGAGUGGCAAUUCCAUUGAAGAGAAAUUGUUGAAAAAUGGAACUAAAGAUUUGAUCCGAGAAGUAGCUGCUCAGGGGAAUGACUACUCCAUGGCGUUCUUAACUCAGCGAACCAUCCAGGAGCUGUUUGAAGUUUAUUCCCCCAUGGAUGACACUGGCUUCCCAGUAAAAGCUGAGGAGUUUGUAGUGCUUUCUCAGGAGCCUUCUGUCUCGGAAACCAUUGCCCCCAAAAUCGCAAGACCUUUCAUAGAGGCCCUCAAGAGUAUUGAGUAUCUGGAGGAAGAUGCCCAAAAGUCUGUAGAGGAAGCAGUGCCUGGGUCCAACACUGACAUCCUGUCAUCAGACGUGGAGGGUGCCAGGUGUGGGGAGGAGCCAUCACAGCUGGAGGAGCUUGCAGACUUCAUGGAGCAGCUUACACCAAUUGAAAAAUAUGCUUUAAAUUACCUGGAAUUAUUUCAUACUUCCCUUGAGCAAGAAAAAGAAAGAACUAGUGAGGGUACAGUGACAGCUGCAAUGAGGGAAUGGGAGUCCCGGAACCUGGACAAUCUGCGGGAGAGGGAGGCCCGGCUGCGGCUGGGGCCAGAGGAGGCAGAGCUACUCACCUACACACGGGAAGACGCCUACAGCAUGGAAUAUGUCUAUGAAGAUGCCAGUGGACACACGGAGGUUAUGCCACUGUGGACCCCACCUACGCCCCCUCAAGACGACAGCGACAUCUACAUUGACUCAGUCAUGUGUCUGACAUAUGAGGCCAGCCCCAUCCCAGAAGCGAAGCUACCACCUGUGUACGUGCGGAGGGAGCGCAAGCGACACAAGACAGACCCCUCAGCUACAGGCAGGAAGAAGAAGCAGCGCCAUGGGGAGGCAGUUGUGCCCCCGAGGUCCCUUUUUGACCGAGCAGCACCUGGUAUGCUGAAGAUCCGCCGGGAAGGGAAGGAGCAGAAGAAGAACAUUCUGCUGAAGCAGCAGACGCAGUUUGCCAAGCCUCUGCCGACAUUUGCCAAACCAACUGCUGAGUCUGGCCAGGACAGCCCUGAGUGGCUCAUCAGUGAAGACUGGGCCCUGUUGCAGGCCGUGAAGCAGUUAUUAGAGCUGCCUUUGAACCUCACCAUUGUGUCACCUGCUCAUACACCAAACUGGGAUCUUGUCAGUGAUGUCGUUAACUCCUGUAGCCGUAUCUACCGCUCUUCCAAACAGUGCCGGAAUCGCUAUGAGAAUGUGAUCAUCCCAAGAGAGGAGGGCAAGAGCAAAAAUAACCGCCCUCUCCGUACGAGCCAAAUCUACGCCCAGGAUGAAAACGCCACACAUACCCAGCUAUACACAAGUCACUUUGACCUGAUGAAGAUGACUGCGGGGAAGAGGAGCCCCCCAAUCAAGCCCCUGCUUGGCAUGAAUCCCUUUCAGAAAAACCCCAAGCAUGCCUCUGUGUUGGCAGAAAGUGGCAUCAACUAUGACAAGCCACUACCUCCCAUUCAGGUUGCAUCUCUCCGUGCAGAGCGAAUUGCAAAAGAAAAAAAGGCCUUGGCUGACCAACAAAAGGCACAGCAGCCAGCCGUGGCACAGCCUCCACCCCAACAGCAGCAGCAGCAGCCCCCGCCCCCUCCACAGCAGCCGCCACCACCACUGCCACAGCCACAGGCAGCCAGCAGCCAGCCAGCAGCGGGGCCACCAGCUGUCCAGCCCCAGCCUCAGUCCCAGCCCCAGCCCCAGCCGCAGGCCCCACCACAGCCAGUGCAGGCCCCAGCCAAGGGGCAGCCUGCAAUCACCACCGUGGGCGGCGCCGCAGUGCUGGCAGGAACCAUUAAAACAUCAGUUACUGGGACAAGCAUACCCACAGGCACUGUGAGUGGAAAUGUGAUUGUGAACACCAUAGCGGGCGUCCCAGCCGCCACCUUCCAGUCUAUUAACAAGCGUCUUGCUUCACCGGUGGCUCCUGGGUCCUUGACUACACCUGGAGCCUCUGCCCCUGCCCCAGUGGCUCAUAGCCAGCCCCAGCCUCGGGCAGUCGGCUCUCCAGCCACAGCAGCUACCGACUUGGUGUCCAUGGCAACCACACAGGGUGUUCGAGCUGUCACAUCUGUGACAGCCUCAGCUGUGGCCACCACCAGCCUGACCCCAGUACAGACUCCAGCACGGUCUUUGGUGCCCCAGGUGUCCCAAGGUACAGGAGUUCAGCUUCCAGGAAAAGCCCUCAGCCCUGCUCACUUCCAGCUCCUGAGGCAGCAGCAACAGCAACAGCAGCAGCAGCAGCAACAGCAGCAGCAGCAGCAGCAGCAGCAGCCGCCGCCGCCGCCUUCCCAGGUGCAGGUUCCACAGAUCCAGGGCCAGGCUCAGCCCCCCGCACAGAUCAAAGCUGUGGGCAAGUUGACACCGGACCAUCUCAUCAAAAUGCAGAAGCAGAAACUGCAGCUGCCUCCGCAGCCCCCACCGCCACAGGCCCAGCCAGGGCCCCCGCAGCCAACAGCGCAGGUGCAAGUGCAGCCCCCGCAGCCCCCGCAGCAGCAGAGCCCCCAGCUCACCACGGUCACAGCCCCACGGCCCGGAGCCCUGCUCACGGGCACCACCGUAGCCAACCUCCAAGUGGCCCGGCUUACCCGGGUUCCCACUUCUCAGCUGCAGGCGCAAGGGCAGAUGCAAUCCCAGGCACCCCAGCCUGCACAGGUGGCCUUGGCAAAGCCUCCCGUCGUGUCUGUCCCGGCAGCUGUGGUCUCCUCACCGGGGGUCACAACCCUACCCAUGAACGUCGCGGGGAUCAGCGUGGCCAUUGGGCAGCCACAGAAAACAGCAGGGCAGACGGUGGUGGCCCAGCCUGUGCACGUGCAGCAGCUCCUGAAGCUAAAGCAGCAGGCCGUCCAGCAGCAGAAGGCCAUCCAGCCACAGGUCGCCCAGGGCCCGACGGCUGUGCAGCAGAAGAUAACUGCACAGCAGAUUGCUGCUCAGGGCCCUCAGCAGAAGGUCACCUAUGCCACCCAGCCAGCCCUUAAAACUCAAUUUCUAACCACACCCAUCUCCCAGGCCCAGAAACUGGCAGGAACACAGCAAGUGCAGACCCAAAUCCAGGUUGCGAAACUUCCUCAAGUUGUCCAACAGCAGACACCUGUGGCCAGUGUCCAGCAGGCUUCUCCACAGACUGUGACACUCACGCAGGCUACGGCUGCAGGGCAGCAGGUGCAGGUGAUUCCUGCGGUGACCGCGACAGCCCAGGUGGUUCAGCAGAAACUCAUACAGCAGCAAGUGGUGACUACAGCAUCUACCCCGCUCCAGACUCCUGGUGUUGCAAACCCAACCCAGGUGCCAGCCAGCUCUGAGAGCCCGAGCCAACAGCCCAAGCUACAAAUGCGGGUCCCUGCUGUCAGGCUGAAGACUCCCACCAAACCUCCAUGCCAGUAAUCAGGACAGCAGGGCAGCUUCAUGACCAAGGGAAGACUACCUUCCUCCCAGAGAACACUGCUCUUAUUUUUGAAUCUUGGGACAAUGUCUUGUAAGAUAUUCAACACUCGGAAAGCUAUGACUGAAACAAAGUAGUGUAAUCAUUUUAUUAAAAUGCUCCCUACCCUGCAAGAAAAGUGAUCCUUAUCAAAGGCCCCCUUUUCUGUAUUGUGUAACUAACUAAAAGGUAUAGUGAAUUUUUUUCUAAAUCAUUACACUGUUUAGUUUUUCCUCCAGAGUAAUAGUACUGGGCUUUGAAGCCCAUUUAAAACUUCCCUGUUAGCAUCUGGUACUUUGCAUAUAACAAAAACCAUUUGCAGGCUGCAGUGAGUGUACAAUAGGCUUUUCAAAGCUCAAACAUGGCCUUCAAUAGCAUGUGCCAUAAUUCAGUUUUACUGCCACUGGAAAGCACACCGUGGUCCUGAAAGAGGGAAGCCUGUCCAGAAUAAAUCACCUAAGGUUGGUUUUUGUUCCAAAGAGAGCCAAUGUGGGUUUUUCCUUCUCUCCUAAAACACCAUCCAUUUUUAACUUUUGAGAAGUUAAGUCCCAACACCCAUCUAAAUACAUGUGAUCUAUUUUCAGCUAUGUUCAAGAGAAAAUCUGUCACUACUCCAAAAAGUAGCCAGUGUGGCCUUCCCAGGCCCUAACCUCAGUGUGAUUCAUUUUUGGUUAAAGGAAACAUUUGGACUGACACCUGUCCCAGCUUUUGGAUAAGACUUGUGUUGACUGGAUCUGCUAAACAGCUCCAGAGAACCUUGAGAUGCUUCUGCCAUGGGCUGGUGUGAGCCCCGAGGACAUACAAGGUCCUUGGCAGAUGGCAUGGCCAAGUGUGUGUUAAGGGCAGGAUGAACACCACAGAUGGCCCCCUGCUGCCAUGACUAGUUCUGGCUGGUCAGGGAAGUUGAGAGACUUUUGUUUAAGGUGGCCUGUUCGUUAACCUAGAGGCCAGGCCAGCUUUUACUCCACUGCAGACAUGUGACAUCAGAUUUUCUCUUAGACAGGUAAGAUUGUUUGUGGUUCUGCCAGUCAAGUGAGAAAUCACCUGCCCCACCUGUGGAAGGUAUGCUGUUGAAGGGUAAAAGGAAGCUCCGUAUUUGCUACUAUUUUUAUUUUUUUACUAUGGCAAGAUAAUGAAUGCAGUUUUAGUGGACUGAAUGGCUGAUGAUGUCGCCUUCAAGUUUUAACCAAAGCAAAAAGAUAAAACCUCCUCUGUGCUGUGGCUCUAUUUUGCCUAUUUUACAUUACUUGGUUUAGGAAAUUCAGUUUUUUAGGUUUUUUUAGGUUUUUGUAUACCCAGUAUCAGUUUUGCCAUAGUAAAGAUUUUUAAUUUAAAUUAUAUCUACUGUUUUCCUCCCAUGCUCUCAGUCUGACUUCGAGGACCAUGUUCUGUCCUGCAGGUCUGUGGAUAGUCAUGUGGCCAUGUUUAGUGAAAUGAGCUCACUUAUUAGCUCCUGGUAAGAAAUUUGGAAAAAAGUAAAAAGUGUUAAAGAAACAGGAUUUAACAUUUUAGUUUAUGUUACGUGUCAGAGUGGAGGAUUCUAACCUGUUCUUUCACCCCUGCUCAUUCAUUCAGGGCCUGUGCUGCAGUGAGGGGGCACAGCUCUCAGGAAGGCUGUGUAUACGUCUGAGUUUUUACUCCUGAAGUACAUAGAAAUCUUCUUUUGCCAUUAUUUUGUGUACCCUUUUUAUUUUUCUGUUGUCCUUCCCAAAGCAUUGGCAGUCUCUUUUCAGAUGGUAAUAAAGUGUUGAGUGUAUCUGUUUUAGAAUGUCCUAUAAGAUUAUCCUCUGUUGACCAUAACACUAAAAGAGGAUUUAGGAACUUUUCUCAAAAGGUUUUUAAGAGAGCAGAAUUGGGAUUCUGAAUAUUCACAGGGGAAUUCUUGCCCCUAUCUUAUUAUGUGAGUUAAAAAGUCUUUUGUCUCUAACGUAUGUUUUCUUUAGAGAUUCCCUAAUACAAAAUAUGGACAGAAGACAUUUGUACUUUCAUCACUCAAUUUAGUAACUUCUAGAUUUACCUGAGUGUGGUAUUCAGGAGAGGCAUUUAAGUAAAAAUUCUCCCUCCAUUAUAUUAUUAUAUUUUUUUCUUGGCCUUUGUUUUAAAGGUUAAGCUUUCUAAUUUAAGAAUUAAGUAUGUGUUCAAGAAGCUGUUGUCUAGGCUUUCUUGUGAAUCAGGGUUCAUACCGACAAUACAUGUAAUGAGUCAGAAAUUUUCAGAACAUAGAAUAUAAAGGCAACAGUCAAAACACUGUCAAAAUUCUAAUUGGCCACCUGGUUGGUUACCAGUUACUCUUUAAAGAAGAGACAUUUAUUCUAAUAAAGGCUGGACAUCCAGUGGGAAGCAGAAGGUUGGAUCCAAACCCUUGUUCAAAGUUGAUGCCCGAUUAGGUGAGGUUUUUCUUUUUUGCAAUCUUUAUUAUUAUUUUUGUUAACUAUUGUAACCACAAUAGGUGUUGUGUUUUAAAAUAUAAAGGAACAAGACUGAAAUUGUAAAUACUUUGUAAACAUAAGCAUUUGUACUUGAAUAGUAGGAUUUUAAAGGGCACUAAUACCCUAUCAAACCAGAGGCAUAAUAAAAUGACCUUUUUAUAUA